AUGAUCAGGUUACGCGUCCCACGCAUCGACAACCGGAAAACCAAAUCUGCCGAAAGGAGGAAUCGCCAGGACUUGUCAGUAUAUCAGCCUCGCCCUGGCUACUCGUCUUCUGGCAUCGAGAUCACAAAAGAGGAAGAAACCUUUCUUCCUGUCGGUUACGAUAGUGGCCCUGACAGUAACGAUAUUACUCGUCAGGAGAAUGAUCGGGGUGACAACAUUUUGAAUAUAAUGUGCAGACCAGCAACUGCAAAUACAUCUUCUACCAUCCAGGUCGAACGGCAAAAACGUGCUGGCUUGUUAUUUGAGAGCCCGCUAAUGGGUCAUCCAAAACCAGGAGAAAACACCAGUCAUGCGGGCUCGGAAGAUGAGUCGCCGAGCCAGAUUAUGACUACUCUUCCAUUCGCCGGCAUCGAUACUGGAAAGUUUGGUCCAAUUCUUUCAAGACAGAAUUCAUAUCUGCUAAACAAAGGUGGCAACACAAAUGGUGUUGGUUUGCGAGUCUCGCAUAUGGAUGGCUGGAAGCCAAGCAGAGGUCCUCAUAAAGGGCGAGCAUCGCUUGGCGCACCAUUACUAGUAAGGAAUCUCAUCUAA